GCACCCAAAUUAAACCCUUUUCAUCUCUAUCCAUAAACGCUCACAACUCUCUCUCUCUCUCUCAGGAUAUUUUCGAAAUUGAGUUUAUGGACCCCGUUUUGGAUCCACCACCGUUGCCGGACCAACUGACGGCAGCCGUCCCCGACGCCGACACCGCCAACCCCGUCCCCGCUCAAAAUUACGCCCACAAGCAUCCCCCUUACGCUGAGAUGAUAACGGCGGCUAUUUCGGCGUUGAUGGAGCCAAACGGAUCGAGCAAGAGGGCCAUAGCUAAGUACAUAGGGGAUCACUACUCUGACCUGCCGUCGACGCACGAGGCUCUGUUGACUCACCACCUCAAGCGGUUGAAAAUCAACGGUCAGCUCCUCAUGGUCAAACACUCCUACAAGCUCCCUAGAUCUGCUCCCCCUCCCCCCAACGGUGCUGUUAACGCCGUUGCUCCUCAACCCUCUCCCGCUGGGCCCAAGAAAAGGCCUGGACGCCCUCCCAAGCAUAAGCCCGAGGCCGCUCAAGUUGCUGUCCCUGUCUUCCAGCCUAUGGAGAACACGAAUUCCGUGCCGGCAAUGGCUGCUGAGCCUGUUAACGGGCCAGCUGCUGCUGUCCCCAAGCCCGUGAGAGGCCGUGGGCGGCCGCCUAAGCUGCACGGGCUUAAGCGGCCGCCCGGCCGCCCCCCGAAGGCCGGCGGGCCCAGUGUUGGUGGUUCAGGGAGAGGCAGGGGUAGGCCCAGGCUUGGUGCACCUCCAGCCCAAGUGAGGAAGAGGCCCGGGAGGCCGCCGAAGCUCAUUAACGUGAUCCCAGGGUCAGGGAUUCCCGUGGCUGCACCUGAUGUGGUUGGUGUUGGUGUGCCGCCAGCGGUCAGCAGUGGAGUUGGGCCCGUGAAGCGUGGCAGAGGCCGCCCGCCCAAGGCCGGUGGUGUGGCUAAGAGGGCAAGGGAUCUGAGUGCUUUGCGGCCAAGGAAGCUGUCUGGUAAGCCUGUGGGCCGGCCGAGAAAGAAUGCAUCAGGAGGAGCUGUUAACCGAGGUGUUGACUCACAGCUCCUAUUGGCCUAUCUCGAUCUCAAAGCAAAACUAGAAAAUUUGCAAGCAAGAAUCAGUCAAACGGCAAACAUUAUAAAGCCGUAUUUGAACAACGAGGCCUCUAUUAAUGCAUUGCAAGAGCUUGAGCUGAUAGCAGCAAACAUGAUUGUGCCACAUCCACAGACUCUACCUCAGCCACAGGUCCAGCCUCAGCCUCAGCCUCCACUGCCGCCCGAACAGUAUCCUCAGCAGCCCCAGAACUGAAGAGUUUGCUGACUUGCAGAGAGAACGUAAAAAAAAAUACUUUAGCAUCUGACUAUUGGAGGAAGGUAAGAAAUGGGGUCUCUUUAGAAGCUGUUAAAAAUGUUUAGGAUGAGUUUGCUGUUUUAGGAGGGGGGAACAGAACUCUGAGAUUUGUGGGGGUGAAGACUAGAAAUGUGAUUUGGGCCUACUCUGUUUUCUGUUUUAAUGUUUUGUGUUCAGGGGAGAUUUUUAGAGAGCAUGAUUUGGUUAUGAAUGUGUUUGCGUAUGUAUUAUGUUAGCUGCUGUAUUAUGGAGGCAAAUAAUUAUCAUGACUCAGUAGAAUUCUUAUCAGCAUGCAGGCAUGUAUGCGAAACCUGGAUUUCUAGCAUUUAUUGAUUGUGGAUUAAUUUCUGGAGUAUAUUUCUGAUUCCAGUUUGAUUUAGCCAAGUUCAUUCUUCG